CCGUCUAGAAACCAGGACUUCCGGAAGUCAGGGCCACAGGCUUCUGGCAUGGGGUCUGCCGGCCUGGCGCGGCUGCAUGGACUCUUCGCAGCCUAUAAGCCCCCAGGGCUAAAGUGGAUGCACCUGCGGGAUACCGUGGAGCUGCAGCUUCUGAAGGGUCUCAAUGCUGGGAGGCGUCCUUCCCCUGAACAGCGUGUUCGCUUCUUGCUCAGUCCCACGGAAGGCAGCGAAGAGAAGGCGCUGACCCUCGUAGCCACCAGUGUGCCCACCCUCACCAACCAUCCUCUGGUACGUGGACCAGCAUUCACCAGCCUAAAGGUUGGUGUGGGACACCGGCUGGAUGCCCAGGCUUCUGGGGUGCUUGUGCUCGGCGUGGGACAUGGACGCAGCCUCCUCACCGACAUGUAUGAUGCUCAUCUCACCAAGGAUUACACAGUGCGUGGCCUCCUGGGCAAAGCCACGGAUGACUUCUGUGAGGACGGGCGGCUGGUGGAGAAGACCACAUAUGACCAUGUGACCAGAGAGAAGCUGGACCGGAUCCUGGCCGUGAUCCAAGGCUCGCAUCAGAAGGCCUUGGUGAUGUACUCCAACGUCGACCUGAAGACCCAGGAGGCCUAUGAGAUGGCCAUGAGAGGCUUGAUCCGCCCCAUGAACAAGUCCCCGAUGCUGAUAACUGGCAUCCGAUGCCUCCAUUUUGCGCCUCCAGAAUUCCUUUUAGAAGUGCAGUGCAUGCACGAGACGCAGAAGCAGCUGCGAAAGCUGGUGCACGAGAUUGGCCUGGAGCUAAAGACCACAGCUGUCUGCUCCCAAGUGCGGCGCACUCGCGACGGCUUCUUCACACUGGACGAUGCCCUCCUGAGGACUCAGUGGGACUUACACAGCAUUCAGGAUGCCAUCCGGGCUGCAGCCCCUCGAGUGGCAGCAGAGCUGGAGAAAAACUUGAGUCCAGGGCUGGACACCCAGCAGCUCCCCAGUGCAGGCCGGCCCUGGGACUCCCAGGGCCCAAGCUCUGCUCUGGGGCUAGAGGGCUGCACGGGGCAUUGACAGGCCAGGCAGCUGGCGAGAGAGCAUGUGGAUAAAGGUAAGAACCACUUCUGAGCUGGGACUGAUGGCUGCGCACAAAGUGAGAGUAGGAAGCUUUCCUACAUGUGACACAAAACUGAGAAGCUGUGACAGAAAAGAUCGAUGGACUUCACUCAGCCAAAAAGGGACAACCUGUAUGGAGGAAAAGACAAUAAAGGAAUGAUGGACCAGUAAAAGUACUUGUCCUAUCUUUAACUGAGAACUAAUAUCCUUAGGACAUGAAAAGCUCCUAGAAAGCAGUAAAUGAAAGAUGAAGAUGAUAUGCAGUAUGGGUGAUGGGGUGAGAAAAUGGGCAGUCUGUACUGUUGGUAGGAAUGUGAAACUGCACCCUGUAGGAGUCAUUGGUAGUAUGCAUCAAAAUUGAAAAUAUCCCUGCCCUAUGACCAGCAGUUGCUCUUUUGGUAAUCUCGCUUGCAGCAUGCUUACAGAUGGUUAUAGGUGUUACAGGGAGUUGUUUUUGUUUUUUGGGGUUUUUUUUAUGCCAAUGUUAUUUCCUUAGGCUUUGGACACCUUGGCCCCACAUGGUUUUUUUCGUUUGUGUGUUGCUUGGUUGUCUUUUUACAGUUAUCCAUUUGGGUAUUUCCCCCUUGGAACACUUGAGCUAGAAGGAGAUAGUUGGCCUCUUGUUAGAGCUCUAGUGUGCCCCUGAGGGGAAGGAGUGAAAUAUCUCUUGUUCACACUUGUCACCCCUGAAAAGGAGGCCCCAGCCACCAUGGCUCCUUCACCUGCUCACAGAAUCACCUACCUCCAGGACAGCGCACAGAUCUGAGCAGUGUUGAGCAGGUCUGGCUCUAGGUUUCUGGCUGUAAGUCCUCAAAAGCUCAGCUUUCUUAUCCAUAAAAUGGGAAUAAUGAUUUCACCCAUCUUGUAGGGUUGUUGUGGGACAGAGGAAAUCAUGUGUCAGGUGUCAAUCAUGGCAGCUGGCACGUCAGAUAUGCUCUGUCUGUGAGCUGCCUGCUCGUUGUGGCUGCUUGUCCUAAGCAACAACUUAAAAGCCAGUGCUGUCAUAGGUAGAGAAUUAGGUCCCCUCUCCAUCGCCUCUUGUUUCUCUGGCAUAAAAAUCAGCUGGGGGUGGAGGGUGGAGUGGCCAGUUAACUCAGCUGGUUAGAUUCCUGUACUGGCCAGGCUCCCCGCCCCACAAAAAAUCAUUUGGGAACCUGACACACACUAUCUCAAAGUCAGUAUCAGCAGUCAUAAAUCAUGUUGAUAGUUUAUACACUUCAUAUGAUGUGAUUAAAUUGGCCCUUUACAUCUGUUAUUUUUUUCCCAAUAACUCAUAACCCCAGUCUUAUCUUGAGAAAAACAUCUCAUACAAAAUACCUGAUCAGUACUCAAAAUUAUCAAGGUCAUCAAAAGCAAGGAAAGUCUGAAAAAUUGCCACAUCCAAGUGGAACCUAAAGAGAUAUAACGACUAUAUGUAAUGUGGUCUGGAUUGGAUCUUGGAACAGAAAAAGGACAUUAGGGUAAGACUAAGGAAAUCUAAAUAAACUAUUGAAUUUGGUUAACAAUGUAUAGAUAUUGGUUCAUUAGUGUAACAAAUGUAUCAUCCUAUGUAAGAUGUUAAUAUUGUAAUAUGAGAAACUAGAUGCUGAGUAUAUGGAAUUCUCUCUACUAUAUCCUCUCAAUUUUUCUGUAUAUAACUGUUCUAAAAAAGAAAAAUUUGAAAAAAAUAAAGAUCACCUGGAGAGA